AUUGAUACACGAUCUUAUUACAAAUAAAAGUACUUCUCCACUCUCACCCUCCCUACAAAAGCACAUCCACACACCUACAUAUACCUGUGUGUGUUUGUGCAAGCUCAGUUGGAUUGCCAUGGCGUCGUCGAAUGCUCAACAAGGAUGUGUCGUCUCCUCGUGCUGUUCUUCUACACCCGAAAAGAUCAUCAUCGAUACCGAUCCCGGCAUCGAUGACAGUAUAGCAAUCUUAAUGGCAUUCCAAAGUCCAGAAUUGGAGAUCCUCGGCUUGACAACAGUAUUUGGCAAUGUUUUCACAGAAGAUGCAACUCGAAACGCUCUGAUUCUGUGCGAGAUCGCAGGACGUCCAGAUGUUGCUGUGGCAGAGGGUAGUCCUGAGCCUCUCAAGGGAGGAACACCAGGUGUUGCAUACUUCAUUCACGGUUCGGAUGGAUUGGGGAACACUUGUUUACCACCUCCUAGUUCCAAGCCAAUUGACAAGCCUGCAUCUGAUUUUUUAGUGGAGAAGGUUUCCGAAUAUCCCGGCGAAGUGUCUAUACUUGCACUGGGGCCGUUGACUAACUUGGCUUUGGCUGUCAAGAGGGACUCAUCCUUUGCAAGCAAGGUGAAAAGAGUGGUGAUACUUGGUGGAGCAUUUCUUGUGUCCGGAAAUGUCAAUCCUGCUGCUGAAGCUAAUGUGUUUGGGGACCCCGAAGCAGCCGAUAUUGUGUUCACCUCUGGAGCUAAUAUUGUUGUUGUUGGCAUAAACAUAACAACCCAAGUCAAAAUGACAGAUGGUGACCUUAUUGAUUUGAGGCAAUCUGAAGGAAGACAUGCUCAAUUAUUAAGCAAGAUGUGCAAGUUUUAUAGAGAUUGGCAUGUAGAGGAUAUGGGAGUGUAUGGGAUUUUCCUUCAUGACCCUGUCAGUUUUGUGGCACUAAUCCGGCCUGAUCUCUUUACAUACAAGAGUGGGGUUGUGAGGGUUGAGACACAGGGUAUCUGUCAAGGGCAUACACUGAUGGACCAAGGAAUAUAUAAAUGGAAGGAAAAUAAUCCUUGGUCAGGCUAUUCCCCUGUUUCAGUUGCAUGGACAGUUGAUGUGGACAAAGUUCUUACUUAUAUUAAGCAACUAUUGAUGACACCAUGAAAUCUUCUUCUUCGUCAACUUGUGCUCCAAUCAACAACUGAAGAAUGAAGGUAGAGUUGUCUCUGAUUUGUGCUGGAGACAGUGACAUAUUCUUUAGCUUUUUGAUGGGUACAACUUAUAAUUUACCCUAGUUUUGGGUGUGGAGGCUAAUUUACUGGUCUUGAUUUGCUGAAAAUUUCCUUCAAUUUGUAAAAGUGCAUAAAACCCUCAUUUUAAUGUCAAAAAGAAAAAAGAAAACCAUCCUUCUUGCUGA